AUGUAUGAGGACUGCGUGAAGUCCACAGAAGACUAUUACCUCUUCUGUGACAAUGAGGGGCCAUGGGGCAUUGUUCUGGAGUCCUUGGCGGUGAUUGGCAUCGUGGUCACAAUAUUGCUACUCCUAGCAUUUCUCUUCCUCAUGCGGAAGGUGCAGGACUGCAGCCAGUGGAACGUGAUGCCCACCCAGUUCCUCUUCCUGCUGAGUGUGCUGGGGCUCUUCGGACUUGCUUUUGCCUUCAUCAUUCAGCUCAACCAACAAACUGCCCCUGUCCGCUACUUCCUCUUUGGGGUUCUCUUUGCUAUCUGUUUCUCCUGCCUCUUGGCUCAUGCCUCCAACCUGGUGAAGCUGGUCCGGGGUAGAGUCUCCUUCUGCUGGACCACAAUUCUGUUCAUAGCUAUUGGUGUCAGCCUGUUGCAGAUCAUCAUUGCCAUAGAGUAUGUGACCCUCAUCAUGACCAGAGGUUUGAUGUUCGUGCACAUGACACCCUAUCAGCUCAAUGUGGACUUUGUCUGUCUCCUCAUCUAUGUCCUCUUCCUCAUGGCCCUCACAUUCUUUGUCUCCAAGGCCACCUUCUGUGGCCCCUGUGAGAACUGGAAGCAGCAUGGGAGGCUCAUCUUUGCCACCGUGCUGGUCUCUAUCAUUAUCUGGGUGGUGUGGAUCUCCAUGCUCUUGAGAGGCAACCCUCAGCUCCAGCGGCAGCCUCAGUGGGACGACGCAGUCAUCUGCAUCGGCCUCGUCACCAAUGCGUGGGUUUUCCUGCUGCUGUACAUCAUCCCUGAGCUGAGCAUCCUCUACAGAUCGUGUAGGCAGGAGUGUCCUCCACAAGGCAACGCCUGCCAGGUGCCAGUCUAUCAACGCAGCUUCAGGAUGGAGAACCAGGAGCUCUCCAGAGCCCGAGACAGUGACGGAGCUGAGGAGGAUGUAGCUCUAACUGCCCAUGGUACUCCCAUUCAGCUGCAGACUGCUGACCCCAGCCCGGAGUAUCUCAUCCCACAAGCUACACUAAGCCCACCGCAAGAUGCAGGAGUAUAG